ACUCCUCCCCUUAUCGUUCAGUCACGUGGCUCGUCCUACUCCGCUUGGUUGUUGUUUGUUUGGAAUAUGCCCUCCGUGAAUGUAAGUCUCUCGUAAGAACACACAGUUUAACGUGUGCAUACACUUAUUUUAAGGUUAGGAAUGAAACGAAUCGUUCGACUGUACAGUCAUACAUAGUAUUUGGUUAGCUGGUUACCUUGUAGAUGUUUGCGCGCCUGUUCUGUGUUGCACUUUGGGUUGUAGUCGUCGGUUAGGCUACUUUUUUUGUAUCGUCUGGACUGGACUCGGUCGUUUGCGUGAAAAACAAAACACUUUAAUGCUCCAUUUGCACUAUGGACGGAGAGGGCUGUAGAUUGAAUGGUGGAGGUCGAGUAGGUGGAGGAGAUGGAGGCGUUGAAGCGGGCUCGCAGUCCCACCAUUCGGGGCUUAUAACUCUGGAGGACCUCGAGUCUUUCAACGAGGACCUCGACUCUGACUUCGACUUCAGCGGCAGCCCGGCGGGAGACAGCGGAGAGGUCAUGGACUUCGACGAGUCGGAUCAGCUGCUGAGUUACUGGCAGCAUAUCGGGAGAGGACACCGUGUGGACAUACCCCAAGAUAUGGCCGAACCGAUCCAGCAGAUGACCACAGACGUGGACACCAACCAGGAGCGCGAGAGAGUCCCCUUCACAGCCCUCAAACGUCAUGACAAGGUGCAGGUGGAUAAGCGGCGCUACGAGAAGGCGGCGUGGGCGUGCAUCACCAUGAGGGAGGAGACCUACGAGCAGAGCAUCUGCGGCGGCUUCAUGAAGAUCAUGCGCUUCAUCUGCCAGCACAACUCCACAGGAACCUACCUGGGCAUGACCAUCCCCAUAGUGACGGUGGUCCAGACGGACACGUCCCGCAGCACUCUGGCACGAGAGGUCACGGUGGCGUACUGCCUCCCCGAGCAGCACCAGGACCAGCCCCCGACGCCCUUUGACCCCGAUAUCACCAUAGAGACAUGGCCCUCAGCAGUGGUCUACAGCAGAGAAUUCAGCGGCAGCACCAACGAGGUGUCCAUUCUGGAGCAGAUCCAGCUUCUGGCUGAAGCUGUGGACUCCGCAGGCCUGCAUCUCAGUCUUGGCGUCUCCUUCGUUGUGGCUGGAUACACCAGCCUUGCAGCCACCCACCGCCACAACGAGAUCUGGUUUGUGGACCGAGGGGAGGCCUGAGAGUGUGUGCUCCUAGUCCCUGGCAGUCCCACUGCACACUGGCUCUGGUCUAGGCACAACUCCACCAGAUCAGAGCCGGAGACAUUCCAGAAUCACUGACUCUUUCACCCCAUUGGUUUCUUCGUCAUUCUACCUCAAUUCCAGAAUUUUGAGAGUGCGUCAACAAUCCACACGCCUGACACUGAAGCUCUACCUUGAGAACGGAACACUCGGACAGUCUGUGAACCUGUGAACGCUGUUGUGCUACUGCUGUUGUCUACUGCUGCUUGGGCACGGCUCUCUUUAGUGCCAGCCCCGCUAUGCAGCUAGCGCUUCAGGCCUCCUGCUCAUCUGAGCACAGCUAGCGUAAAAACAACCACCAUAGCAGAAUCGGAACGAGGAAUCCCGUGUUGUUCCUGACACCUCUGAGUGGACAAAUCCUACACCGGUCCGAGUAAGUCCACGUCAUAGAGGCUUUUGGCAUAAUGUAGCCUGUUCCUCACACACACAUAGCUGUGCACAUCAUAGAGGCUUUUGGCAUAUGUAGCCUGUUCCUCACACAUAUAGCUGUGCACACUGUUUACACUGAUAAGGUGUAUAGCAGCAUAUAAAUACCAGCGCUCUCUUUAACUGAUGGGCCUGAUUGUACCGUGUUCACAGCGCACAGGACGGACCUGCACUGCCUCCUCAGCCUUGUGUCCACAUCCUAGAUUGUGCUCGUAUGAGAUGUAGGUCUCCCACUACUAGUUGUAUAUUAGUAUAUGGUAUUCAGAGUUUAUUCAGAGUAUAAAGGAAAUGUUAUUUCAUCCCAUUAAUGAUUGACAUGUGCUCAGACAGAAGAAAUGUAUUUUGAUAUUUUGUACAGGCGUUAUCGGAAGAGAUAUUGCAUAUAUUUUUGAAUGACCUUCUUGAACACAGGGUGUGAAAGCAAAACCAAAUGUGUGCCACUUGUUAAUGUUGCUGCAGGAGAUUGUGACUAUUCUAGCUACACUUUGACUAUACCUCCAUCUCAGACAGGCGUCAUAGAUUUAGACAGACUGAACUGUGGAGUCGUAUACUCUCCAGCCCAACACAGUUUCCAAAUAACAAAGGAGAUUUAUUAGAGAACACAAAGGAGAUUUAUUAGAGAACACAAAGAACUACUUUGUGGCUAUGGUUAAAAUAAACGAGUUAGCAUAAGUUAGUGUUAUUUAAAUUUAAAAAACUAAAUCCAGAUGCUGACGGGUAGGAGGAAGUUGUCCAGAUACGAGAGGGCAGCUACUUCCUCCUCAGCCGAGGAGCAGACAGCAGACACAUACUAGACAGCAGAGAGUUGGGAUCUUCAAGCAGGGACGUUUGUGGGUAAACUACACAGUAUUUAAAAGGCAGUGCACGCAACAGAUCCAACUCAAGUCCUUUUCAAAUAAUGGAUAAUCGAUGAUGGAUGAUCUGAAAUGAAAACACACACUUAAACCGAUCUCAUCAGGUGCGGGAGGAAAUUCCCUCUGAUAAGAGAGCGAUGAAGGGCCUAGUUAGCUGUGCUUGCUCAACACAGCAGAGUCUGUUUGGCACACCAUAGCUUCACGUUAUGAACGCAGCCAAUAGGAAUAUAACAACACAGUCUAUCAUGCAGCUGACAUCUGAUGGACUAACAUACACAAACACACACCCACUUACGCAAUAUACAUACAUACGUACAUACAUACACACAUACAUGAAAACACACACCCACACACACACACACUAUCUAGGACAGUGGCUGGACAGGGUCUUGACAUCAGCAAGCUACGUGUCAGCAUUUGCUUCAAGAAGAACUGUAUACUACAGCGUUAUAAAUGGAGGUGUCUGCACACCUGUUAUUGCAGCACAGGUGUAACGGAUGCCAGCUAGCAUAGCUAGCAUAGCUGGGGCAGCUGGCCUACUGCUUAGGGUGUUGGACUUGAAACCGAAGGGUUGCUGGUUCGAUCCUCGACCAGUAGGGAAAAUGUGGGGCGGGGCAAGUGGUUAAGCACUGGUCUCCCAUGCUCACAGCCAUGGCUCAAGUGCCCUUGAGCAAGCGUUUGUAUUUGGUGGAGAUUCAGAUGGAAUGUUGCCACUCAAGUCAUUUCUGUCACUUGGUGAUAGUAACCACGGAGACUACUUUAUGCUGUGACGUGUGGCAGGAAAAAACCUCUUCAGUGCUGUUUUAACUGCUUUUGCCUCUAGAGGCUGCUUGUGUGUGCAUCGUCUUGUUCAAGCUGUGCGUGUGCAUCAGUGUAUGUGCUCCAUAGUUCAGAGUGAUGUUUUAGCCGAGUUCUGGCUGUGGCAUCUCUAUCACGGUGUCUUGUGAUGAUGAUGAUGUGGACCAAGUCACGUGGGAAGUUGUUGUUUGCGGACAGUGACCCCACAUUCUCUUAAGUGUCUCUUAGUGAUGUGUGUCAGUGGUGGCGUGUUAUUAUUUCUCAUCUUGACGUCAUUUGUACAUCAUCAUAUGCUUUAUGUAGGCAAAAUUGCACCUUUAACUUUGCUCCUGCAUUGCAAAGAUCUGUGACCAGCUUGGCUCCUCGUAGUGUUGUGUUUCUGUUGUAAUAGGAAACUGUCCAUGUAAACUAUGCUAUAUACUUCAAUGCUGCAGUAGUACCACUCUAUGAUGUAGGCAUUAGCUAAGCAAUGUUACAGAAUUGUAUGCUGCAGACUGCAGUAGUACUAUAUGCUCUAUGCAUUAGCUAAGCUAUGCUAUAAACUGGUAUCCUGCAGUAGUAGUACCACUAUAUGCUGUAUGCAUUAGCUAAUCUAUGCUAUAGACUGGUAUCCUGCAGUAGUGCCACUAUUGUAUGCAUUAGCUAUGCUAUAGAUGUCUAUGCUAUAGAUGUCUAUGCUGCAGUAGUGCCACUAUUGUAUGCAUUAGCUAUGCUAUAGAUGUCUAUGCUAUAGAUGUCUAUGCUGCAGUAGUGCCACUAUUGUAUGCAUUAGCUAUGCUAUAGAUGUCUAUGCUGCAGGCGUAUCACAAUGCUGUAUGCUGAUGCUGCAAAGCACUUUGGAAGACAAGCUAGCCAACUUCUCAGAUGACACUAUUCUGUUUAUUCUUUUCAUAUCGGCUAUGUACAUUAAUUUAUCACUAUUCCGUUUAUUCAAUCUUUUCAUAUAGGCUACAUUAGUUUAUCACUAUUCCGUUUAUUCGAUCUUUUCAUAGGCUAGUAUAUUAAUUUAUCACUUCAGUUUAUUCGAUCUUUUCAUAUAGGCUAGUACAUUAAUUUCCCAGUUUCCAGUUAGGGUGCUUAUUAUAGCCUAACGGUAGCCAUUACAGGACACCUACAGCAAGUUAUGACAAGAUAAUUAACUAGGCUACAAAAAAAUGUUCUUGAGUUUUAUUUUGCAAACAUUGACACUUGCACAAAUAUAAACACAUGUUUGAAGCUAAACUGGCACACUAGCUUUUGGAAGAGAAAAAAAGUGUUAUCCUGAAAUAAUGCUGUGUUCCCCUGUUUCUUCACUCUUCUUUGUUUGAUGGUAGUUGAUCUUGAUAUUAAAGAAGUGGAUAGAUGUUCAUGUCUGCUAUAAGAAGUUCAUAUGUGCUCAAAAAUAAAGAUUCUUUGUUAUAAUUAAAA